CCACUCUCGGCCCACUCAGUGAGGCUCGUGCCUUUGACUGAAAAGGAGUGAGUUGACUUUCACUCGCAAGAUGCGGAGACAGAUUUUAAUCUUCUUAGCGGUCAUCGCAGUGUCUCGAGCGAUGACGCUCGACAAAAAUCGCGCCACGGACUCAUGUGACCGAGUCGUGUGCCGAGCUGGGCGUGAGUGCGUCAUGUCAGGCGGGGAGUCGCAAUGCGUGUGCGUCACGCGCUGCCCCGACCACUACAAGCCCGUCUGCGGCUCCGACGACAGAUCGUACGACAACUACUGCCUGCUGCACCAGCGUGCCUGCCUAACCGGUGAACCCAUAAGCGUGGAGCACACAGGAUAUUGUGAGCGGGAUAUCCAAUUAGCAAUGAAGGAGUUCGGGAUCACCACGACCCGUGCCACCACCGUCGUCACCACCACUCCAUCACCCCACGUUUCCACCACCACCGAAGAGAGACUUUCUGUGUGCUACGGACCACAACGGGAUGCUAUGCGCAACACAGUCAUCAGCCACUGGCAGCGCAACAUCCAGCUGCAGCCGUGGCACACAGCCAACAUGACCUACAGGGAGUCGCUGGAAGGUCACUUCUUCGCGUGUGACAGCAACCGCGACUACGCGCUGCGACCCUCUGAGCUGCUCGACUGCCUCUCGACCGUGCCAUUCCUGCCCAGACCUGAGCAAGACCUUACGGUUACUAGGACGCUGUGUGUGGACGCCCUCCUAGAGCUGGUCGACAGCAACAGGGACUGGCGGCUCAGCCUGCAGGAGUUCAUGCACUUGUUGGACCCGCUCUACCAUCCCAUCGAGAAGCAUUGCUCGCUUGAAGGAAAAGCUUACGAUGAAGGUGCAGAAGUUCGAGUCGAAUGCAAUCAUUGUAUAUGUGCCACCGGAAGCUGGGUGUGUGCCACGCACAGCUGCCCGCCUAAGGAUACGAAACCCAAGGAGAAGGACGACUCCUUCGGAUACAUGGACACCAAGUACGACCUCAAGAAUACCAUCGACAAGGACGAAGAACUCGAUGAUGAUGAUGAUUAUGACGAAGAUGACGAUGAUUAUGACGAUGAAGAGGACGAAUCUCCAGAAAAUAAAGAAUCCGCUAGAAAAAGUGCCAAGAAAGGAUCCGACUUGUUGAACGCUUCCGACAAGAAGAAGCUGGAUCACUUGGAAAACAAUAUCCGCAAAUUCUACUCUGAUUUGGAAAAGUGGGAGAGCCCAAAAUCUAAAAACAAAACAAUUGCUGGUACCAGCACUUCGCCAAACACCAUUCAUGAGGACUCAUCGUCAAUGUCGGAAGAAUCCGAUGAAACUUCAUCGGAAGAAGAAGAGGACGACCUCCUUGACCAGUAUGACGAUUUGCUGGAACGAAGUCAACGAAUAAGGGACAGACUACGAGCCAUCCGGACAUCUAUUAGCAAUAUUGAAAAUCACAGGCAGCUUCCGACUACUCGAACUACUACCCCAUAUCCUAGUCGUUUGGGUCUUUUGCAGUCCACUACUACAACCAAACCCGCUAGGUUGGAUCAUUCAGGCUUGAACUCCAUCAAUCACAGCCGUGCACCGAUCAGCCGAAAACAUGAAAAGUACCAGCAAUACCAAGAAGCUCUCCGUCGUAAGCAAGACAGGCGCAGACUUGCGUCUCAGACCGACAACGAUAUUUGGGAGGAUCAAUGGAAGGCUAAAAUACAGAAGCAUCACCACGAGCGACUCGGUAACGCUCUGUGAGAAACCGGUGUGGUUUUACCGUCAUACGAGUCGAAGAAAAAAUGGAGAGAAUAAUAAAACUCAAAAAAAUUUUCGAGGUUUUAAGAACAAAACAGAUCAUGAAAAUCUAAAAAAUUUCUUUUCCUAGGUGGAUUUUGAUAUUUUAAUUGCUUUGCAAGAAUUGAAUUAAAAAAAAAAACACAGUGUGGGCUCCACACAACCCUUCCAGUGUCUACUCAAGUUAUAUAAUUGGGUAAUAGUUUUAGUUUGGAGUUUUACUUAUCAGUAAUCCCAGCGGUUUAUUGAUUAAAUUGUAAUAAUGCCUAUUUUCAGUUUCCACUCAGUAAAAUGCCCUAUUAGUCUCAUUAUUCGUUCAUAUCGCUACGAUGUGCAGUAUACAUGUAUUAAUCAUUACGUUGUAUUGCUAUCGAUGCCUAUAGCUCACUCAUAGCUCCUUACCCGUAGUUUUUGUCGGAAUUUAAAAUAGUCUUAGCGAUGUAAUUUAGCUAGACAACUCAUACAUUCCUUAAUACGUUUAAGUUCAUUUAGGUCGCUAUUUAUCACAAAAAUAUUUUUUUUGUAAUAAGAUGUAUUUGAUCGCCGAGAAAUAUGCUAAAGUCCCUGGCUGAAUCAUUAAACAUUUAUUAUUCAGAAAAAACAACAUUUGAACUUCUUUGUUUUAUUAAUAUUUGAUAUCUUGCUUUCUAACUCCCCGAAUGUUCCCUUUUAUACAAACAAUUCCAAACGAGUGAAUUUCGCUAGCUAUUGUCCUUAAUUAAACGCUUUCCCGCUAACGCUUCAUCCUUCAAGAAAAUUGUAUCCUUAAAAACUAACCUGAGUGUUCCUACAUUGAUAUAUAAUGGAUAUUCU